AUGAGUAACAGCAAAGCCGAGGGCUUUGUGUCUCUGGUGCUUAGGCGCUGGGGCCACGUGCUACGAUACCUGGGUCGGCCGUUGCGAACUCUGGAGCCGUGUGUGGGUGUGGGCGGUUUUCGCGAGUGGGCACAGCAGAGCAGAAGCCCGUACGAUGGCUCAGGGGCCUACGACACAGAUCCGGCCUUGCAAGCGUUCUACACACGACUGGCUGACAAGAACGCGAAGGUGCUGGGCGUCAACAUCGGGAAAGCUGAUGGGGAUGUCCUGCGAGUCAACCCAAAAGAACUUCCGGACUCGGAAAUACUUGUGAGCGGGCCACCUUGUCAACCUUGGGCAGGAACGGGCCUGAGGCAAGGGGACAUGGACGAAAGAUCAGAAGUGUAUGGCGCUGUGAUAACGUGGAUCUUGGAGAUGGCCGGUCGGGGUUGUUUGGUGCUGUUCCUGGUCGAAAAUUCACCCAACCUGUUGAGAACAACUUUCUUUCGGCAGCUCGUACAGGAGCUAGAAGUGGCGCUGCCACAUUUUGCCUUGGACGUGAGUGUGCAUGAUUGCCACACACUGCUGCCAAUGAGACGGGAACGCCUGUACUUGCGAGGGCUGCGACGGGACUGCCUCCCAGUGGCUGGGACAGUGCCCAGGCCUCUGGGGAUGCUUGACAUGCCUCACCCGAUUUGCCUCUUCGAGAUGCUCUGCGAGGGAGAGCCCAAUACUGAUCCCAGCAGCAUGACCGAGAAGCGGCGGCAGAAUUUGAAGAGGUACGAGGAGAUGGUCAAGAAGGACCUGCUCCGAGGACAUGCUGGCUGCGUCGCCUGUCUGGAGCUGGACAGGGAUCCGGACAAAGAGUUCAUGGGUCGGGUGACCUACGAUGCCAUUCCCAGCUUGAGAACCUCAGGGCCAGCGAUCUUUAUGUUCACCACAGACGACAUGCAUCUGAACUGGCAGCAGCAGUUCCUCCACCGGUAUUUGACAGACGAGGAGCGGUUUGUUUUCCAGGGCCACCGUGCCACAUAUCACGAUUACUUCAGCACCCUCACGGCCAGCCGACAAGCCGCAGGCAACGCAUAUUGCACACUGCAGUUGGCUGCAAUGCUGCAACCCAUGCUGAUGCGUGCAGUGGUGAGCGGGGCGAUGUCUGCAGAGCCACCACAACGGCUGAGCCGCAAGAGACAGGUGGAGAUAGAGCUUCAGGGCAUGCAUGAGCAGACCUUUGCCCCCGGAACCCUCCUCGGGUCACCGACAAGACCCAAGAAGCGUUGCAGAAAGGCCGGGCCAGCCGAGCACGAGGAAACACUUGCUUUCCGUGGCCCCCUGACCCCGAACACGGACAACGUCAUCGAGUUGGACUAA